AUGUUACUUAUUCUAAGCUACGUGAACCUGCUCACAGCCUGGACCACCGUCAUACCAGGAACCUCCCUGAACCUCUUCAUUAUUGCUGUGUAUUUAAAAUUCUGGAGAAAGCCGACCAGAGCCGGAGUCUGUGAGAAGAUCCUGCUGUCCACAGCUAUCACCCAUGUCUGCCUGCAGGUCACACUGGGCCUGGAUGCUGGCUUGGACUUUUUUGAAAUAUACUGCAUAGACGCAUUAGCAUACAAAGCGAUCUUCCUAGUUAUUGUCUUUUUGAUUGAUGUUACGUUCUGGAACUCCACGUGGCUCUCCAUUUACUGUUGUUUAAGACUGAUCAAUAUCUCCCACCGUUUCUUCUUUGGAUUUAAAGCUUGGUUCUCCUCCAGCAUAGUCCGUCUUCUUCUUGGAUCUGCAGUCAUUGGCUUGGUCAAUGCCAUACCUUUUAUCUGGAUGUUUAACCUCAGAGGUUGUCCAAAUGGGACUGAAGACUCCAGUAGAAUAAUGAGGGUGACUUACUACUGGGUGCUGGUCAAUAUUACAUUCGGCUGUUGUCUACCAUUUUCCUUGACUCUCCUGUGCAAUGGACUAAGUGUGAUCCACCUCCUGCGACAUGUCUGGAGAGUAAAGCAGAACAACUCUCCGAUGAGUAGCCCUCAACUCAGUGGCCAUGUCCAAGCUGCCAAGACAAUGAUCCUUCGUGUCCUUGUAGAGUUCGGCUUCCAAGUAGUCAUGGUUUUCUUGAUGUUGUCAGUCGAUAUUUACAAUUCUGUACAAAUGGUGUGCUGGACAAUUCUCUGCUACUAUCCAUCCGCGCAAUCCAUAGCCAUAAUCCUGGGAAACCCUAAAUUAAGGGAAUUGUUCUGUGGUGGAGGAGCAUCCUCCUCAUGA